GAUCCGUGGUCCAGCGGCUGAAGCGGUGAGAAACCGGCGUUGUGUACAGAACUUUUCCAGAAGGGAGCAGACAUGGCGGCGGCAUUUCGGAAGGCGGCUAAGUCCCGGCAGCGGGAACACAGAGAGCGAAGCCAGCCCGGCUUUCGAAAACGUCUGGGCCUGCUGGAGAAAAAGAAAGAUUACAAGCUUCGUGCAGAUGAUUACCGGAAAAAGCAAGAAUACCUCAGAGCUCUCCAGAAAAAGGCUCUGGAAAAAAAUCCAGAUGAAUUCUACUAUAAAAUGACCCGGGUUAAACUCCAGGAUGGAGUUCAUGUUAUUAAGGAGACGAAGGAAGAAGUAACUCCAGAACAGCUGAAGCUAAUGAGAACUCAGGAUAUCAAAUAUAUAGAAAUGAAAAGAGUUGCGGAAGCAAAGAAAAUUGAAAGACUAAAAGCAGAGCUCCAUCUGCUGGAUUUCCAGGGGAAGCAACAGAAUAAACAUGUUUUUUUUUUUGACACCAAAAAGGAAGUUGAACAGUUUGAUAUUGCCACUCACCUGCGAACAGCCCCAGAACUAGUUGACAGAGUCUUCAACAGACCCACGAUAGAGACCUUGCAGAAGGAGAAAGUGAAAGGAGUUAACAAUCAGACGCGAUUGAAGCGGAUAGCGAGAGAGAGGCAGAAGCAGUAUGACUGCCUGACACAGCGGAUUGAGCGCGAGAAGAAAUUGUUCGUUAUUGCACAGAAAAUUCAGACUCGCAAAGAUCUUCUGGAUAAAACUCGGAAGGUGAAAGUGAAGAAAGAAACAGUGAACUCCCCAGCUAUUUACAAAUUUGAGAGUCGUCGUAAACGUUGAAGUGUUAUAGAUAAGCCAUCUCAUUCCACGUGGAACAGAGUUUACAUUUUCUUUUCCCAGUAACUUCAAAUUCCAUUGGUCGAAGUGACUUGGUUUUCCUGUUUGUAACCAUAGUUUUUUUGUAGAUUUGUCAUUUGAUAUGAACAACAUUAAAGCCCCUUCCCCCAUCUGA